UCUGUGUUGUUUUCGUGGACAGACCGGAACGAGCGGAACUCGGUGAUGUCGGUUGUUGUCGGUUCGUUUGCAGGAGUCGGUAACUGACGCGGGGCCGCGGGCGCGUGACCAUGCACCGGGACACUUCAGGCUGGACGGUAGGAACUCGAGCCUGAACCGAUCUGCGGUCGGAUCCUGGACGGGUCUCACACCGAGGACAGCAGCAGCAGAGUCGGACCCUGAGCGGUGAGCGGCCAGUCAGCCAGCACCUGUGCAGCUCGCAGAUGCCAUGGACGCCUGUGCCCGUAUUCGAGGAGUCCCACUAAGGUCCAGGGCCUCGGUUCGGAAAGAGACUGUGCGUGACAGUGGGGCUCAGUGUGUGAAGAGCCUCUUCAGGAACAAGAAGGAGCUGUGCAGCAUCGGCCUGGAGCUGACGACCAGAGACGCCACGAGACUGACGGAGAUUCAUUUUGUGUGUCUGCCGGGACAAUGUGAAGGGGACGAGGUCACCCAGCAGGCUCUGGCCUCUCUGCCAGGAGGGCUGUGUGAGCUCCUCCGGUCCCUCCAUGUUGACGGGCUCAAAAACGACGAGGUUCUGCUGCUCAGAGACUCGCGCAGGCUGUCGGAGCACAAAGACGCUUGGCCUCAGUGUUGGUUAAAGGCCGUGUGUGUGCUGAGGCAUAACCCCAACACCAGCCUGUACCCCCAGGCCAGCGUGGCGUCUUUACUGAGCUUGCUGGGCUGCUACAUGGCCGGUGUCCGCUACGCUUUAGAGCUUCAGGCGGUUCAGAGGAACUCGUCUGAGGCCAGUCAGCCGGAGGAGGACGACACCAACCAGUCGGUCUCAUCCAUCGAGGACGACUUCGUCACGGCCUUGGAGCAUCUGGAGGACGACACAGGAAACAAUCCCUCUUCAUACCGUCACUUAAAAAAGCGCGACGUGGCUUCGCAGACAGUCCCAGCUCAUAAGAGGAGAAAAGAACUGUCAGGCUCCCGUGUUAUCAUUGGCUCAUCUUCCAAGAAGUAUUCAGCCCAAAACAAGUCGGGUCCGGAUGUGUCCAUCACGGUGCAGAGGUCCUCGUGUGUGGAGCCACAGUGGACGUACUGCAGUCCUGGAGCUCGUGUCCCUUCUCCUGUGAUUCAUGUCAGUGAUUCAGAGGAGUCCGACGGCUCCAGCCCCAGUCCGAUCAUUUUCCUGGACGAGGUGGGCUACCAGAAGAGCCUGCUGGCCAAGCUGGACAUCCCCCAGGUGCCGGGGGGGCCCAGGGAGCGAGUUGAAGACUCAGACUCUGAAGUCAGUGAGUUCUUUGACAGUUUUGAUCAGUUUGAUGAUGUGGAUGAGCUGAGUUCAGAGAGCUCCACUCUUGCACUGCCUCUGGACACCAUCAGUGCUCCAGCCUCACAGAAGAAGUGCACCGAGUCCAGCUCCGGGGGGUCGACAUCCAAAUAUGUUUCUAGGGGCUGCUCAACCAAGGGGAUGAAUCCUCAACGCUUCGACCACCCCACUCUCCCAGCCAAUGUGAAAAAACCUACUCCUCUGAAACCAGGCUCUCCCUACUCGCUUCACACCGACGUCCCCGACUCCCCUCGACCCGUGCAGACCUCCUCAGACGAAAAUGGCGGCCCGCUCUUCAGUCCUGUCAGCUCCUCGGCCUUCAGCCCUCUGGUGGACUCAAGUGGACCAAUGGAAUACUUUUGGAAGACAAAUGAAGAGAGUCAGGACAGCUCAGAGCUACGUAAACCCCAGGACGUCUGCUCUCUGUAUAAGACCUACUCAGACUUUGCCAACAGCCUCUCCAAAGAAAUUCUGGGGUCCGUGUGUGGCUACCAGUCGGCUGUGGACAUCAGUGACAACAAGAAUCUCAGCUGCGUCUGCCACAAGGAAUUUGAGAAUCCUUCUGGUUACCUGAUGAAGCUCUCAGAAAUACAGGAGACUGUGACCGUGGACAAGUUGCAGAAGACGUCUCAGUCUCUGACCGAUGGCAUCCAGAGGUUUGCCACAGACCUGGUGGAAAUGAGCCUGGGCAGCGCCUUGAGAGACCUUCAGAAAGGCGUGUCCUCCUGUACCACCACCUUGUGUCACUUAGCUGCGAGGCUCACCUCCUCGGUGUUUCAGAUGGCCUUCCACGAGAUCGGGAUGCGCCACGCCUAUGUGUUGAAGGAGCGAGCAGUCAGUGGAUUGGCUGGUUUCCUGGUGGGAGAGGCUGUGUCCGGGGCGCUGAAGGACUUCCUGACAGUGAAAAAACAGAUCUUUCACAGCACAGUUUCAAGUUUCGCUGCUGAUUUGGCUGAAGAGCUUGUGUUUGAAGGUAUUAUGGAAGUGUGUCAGUUCUCCCACCCCUCAACCCCUCUCACCCCUAGCAACUGGUCCUUUGGCCAUAGGCAAGAGGAAGAAGAGGAAGAGGAGGAGGUGGUUACCUCCUACGCUUCAGAUUUGUCUGAGUCUGUUAUCCAGGAGGCCUUCAUAGAGCUCUCUCAGGCUGAUGUUGCCUUCACCAGCCAAGCAGCUAUUAGUGUGUCUCUAGACAACAUCUGUUACGUCAGUGCAGAGAACAGCAGCACUAACACCUGCAGUACCUUUGCCAACCAGCAGGUUUUAAGUUCCAGCUCAGCUGCAGCAGUUCCAGGGCCCUCAGGAGAAGAUGCUACCUGCACGGUGAAGGAAGCCCUGUUCACUGUCUCUGGGAUGGCCAGUUGUAUUCCUGUGCCCCAGGCCGGCCAAGCCCUCUCCCACCUUCACGAGUCUGAGGAGACCAGUCAGUAUACGGACGGUUCACCAGUUACCCCAGAGGAAAACCCUGAAGAAUUAACCGAACCCUCCUCUGACGCCACCACAUCUACACAGACUCACCUGUACAGUCAUGGAACACAGACCCCCAUAGCUGGAGGAGAGCCCUCCCAAGGAAAGUCCUCCUUCCAGAACUUCUCUGGCAACAUGGUGGAUCUGAUAGUCACUGAGGCUUGUGAGCUAAUAACUACUUCAAAGAUGAAGAAGAGUUUCGGUGACUGUGCAGAUUUCUUCACUAAGACAAUCGGAAGCCGGAGGGACACUUCUCCGCCAGAAUCCCCGUCGAAGCAGGCAGCCGGCAGGGAGUGUUUCAGGUAUGACUGUAGAGAUUCACAGUAUCUGAGGAAUGGCGGAGCUGCAGAAGAAGCAACGGGCUCUCAAAGCCACGGGAGAGCCGGCUGUGGGUUCGACCCGAGGACCAGAGUCGUGGUUGAAACUCAUCCUGUAAUGAUGCAUACUCUUGACGUGCCGGGUGCCGAGAUGGGUGGACAGAGGAGGAUACCUGCUCCUGGGGACGACUCCACUCCGAGCACUGGCCAGAAAUCUGGUGGGACUCCCGGCACGCCUCCUUCGACCCCUCAGCAGCCCAGUGAGGUCUCCAAGGAGAAGCAGAUAAAACAGUUCUCCAAGAAGCUGAAAAGCAAACUGGCCAAAGAGUUUUCCCCUGCUACCCCGCCUUCCACCCCUCACUAUCAGCCCGAGCCUGGCCCAGGGCCAAAAGACGUCACCCCUGAAGAAGACAAGGCCGAGUUCAUGCUCAAGCUGAUGAGGUCUCUCUCUGAGGAGGCAGAUGGCAACGAGGAGGAAGAGGAGGAAGCGCUGGCAGAAGAGGUUGGUGCUGAUGUCAGUCACAGAUGUUUAGAGACGGGGAGUGGCCGGCAUGACAUGAACCAGAUGUCGGCUAACAGGAUGUCCAACAAAGAAGCUCUGCACUAUGCCGAGAGGUUGGCCUGUCACAUCGUCUCAAUGGCGACAGAGAUGGACACGCUGGGAGUAGCAGUGGAGGAGGAGGAGGAAGAGGAGGAGGAGGUGAGAGAGAUGAGCAAGGGCAGCGGGAGGAGGAGAGACAGCGUGGCUCAGUUCUCUGAGCAGACGCUCAACACUUUGUGGGUGUAUGCUGGGGAGGUGGCGGGGGAGGUGAUCAGCGAUGUGAAGAGGAUGGUGAGCUCUGGUCAGCAGUGUCCAUAUCACAGAGCUCUCAGAAGAAGGAGCCUGGACAGAUCGAUCUCUGAAGGUUUGCACCAUCACCAGUCUCAACUCAGUACAGACCAGAACAGAGACUGGCGGGUGGGGAGGCAGGCGGAGCAGUGGUCCAGUGACCUGUUAGCCUCCGUCUUGCGCUCUCCCACCUCCAGUUCGAGCGCCUGCUCCAGCUCCGGCCUGUCCUCGGAGUAUCCCAGCUGUGAGAGUGUGACGGAUGAAUAUGCUGGCUACCUCAUCAGGGUGCUGAAAAAAGAGGGAGGCAAUAGGGAGCUGGUGCUGGACCAGUACGCCAGCCGUCUGGCCUACCGAUCCAUAAAACAAGGCUUGGCUCAUGCUAGUCGCAAGGUCAAGCAGAGAACCUCUAGCCUACGCCUUCACUCCUCCAAGUCGCUGCCAGAUGAAUGGAGAGCUUCGAGUAGCGAGGCCUCGUCACCCAAGGACGGAGCAGAGUCGGUGGCGUCUCCGUCGGGCGAGGACGCUCAGUGUUGUUGCAGCGACUCUGAAGAGCAGAGGGAGUACAUGGACCUGGUGAACUUCGCGGAGUCUUUAGCGUACACCAUCACCUGUGACGUCACACGCAAGCUGCAUCUCUCCUCCGUGCGACUGCCCAAGUCUCUGACCGACUCCUGUCUUUAUAAGAAAUCCAAAUUUGAAGACAUGGCAGAUAAUCUCAUCAGGAACUCCUUCUCCUGCCCCCUGUUGUCCAAAGAGGGUAAAAGCAAGCAUUACCACAGUACAGGAAGCCUGUAUGAAGGAGGCUACAGCAGCAGGGUGGUUCAGGUCAUCGAUCAUUACGCCAGGAAAAUAGUUGACGACACGUUGAAGAUGAGCCUGUCUUCAGCUGGACAUUCCUCCAGGGAGCACCAGAGGACGCAAGGCCCCUCUCACACCCAGAGACUGUCUGAGGGCCCAGCAGGGGGCAUCGCUCUCGGGGAGAGGACGUGCCGCUAUUGUGAAGUCCAGGAGUGUCCGUACUGCACCAAGCACAGCCGGCACCACCAGCCCGGGUCGCAGAGGAGGAAACGAGGCUCGGACGGUCAGACAAGAGCCGAGCGCCUCCCCAGCCUGGACAUCCCUCAGAUCCACAUCGACCUGGACCACAGGGCAGCGUUCGCAGAUGAUAUGGUUUCAACGGCGAUGGAGACGGCUAAACGCGAGCUGAGCAACACCAGCCUGAACGCCGACAGUGGCAUCGGCCAUGAUGGAGCCAGCUACGCUGAGAGUCUGACGACAGAGAUCAUGACAUCAGCCAUCACCAACAUCUGCCAGGCUGCCAACACCAGCUCUCCAGGGCGGGAAGCGACCGAGUCGACCGUGUCCCAGCAGCUGAGUGUGGGAGACGACAGUCUGGGCAGCUGGUCCAACCUGAGCUUUGAGGACGAGCAUGCAGACGACAACAGCAGCUUCCUGCACCUCAGUGACAGCAGCAAUGGGAACAGCAGUAGCUGGAGCAGUCUGGGCCUGGAGGGGGAGGCGUGUGAGGAGCGCAUGUCCUUCUCCCCCUCGGACAGCGACAACACCGAGGACAAGGAGGCUGAGGUCAAAGAGGAAUCCAGCGGGACAGUGAGCGUGGACCGGACUCAGGUGCAGGCUCCCAGGACCGGACUGGUGGUGGUGAACUCGGACGUCAGGGAGCUGCGGCGCAGUCCUCAGCCCGUCGGCCUGGACCCUCAGCUCAGGAGCAUGCUGCAGUGGCUGGCGGCCUCCAUGGCCGACAUCCCCCAGAUCCAGCUGAGUCCUGACAGAGAGCUGCAGCAGCUCCCUGUGGUCGUCCAGAGGCUUCGGGAGAGGAGGUGGCGAGUGGGGGAGCUGCUGCACAUGCUGCUGCGCUACUGUGAAGAGAGUCAGACGCACGUCGGCCAGUCCCAGGCCCGAGAGGAGGCCCAGCAGGGGGCCAGAGAACCACACCGCUCCCAGCCCCUCUUCCAGUGGCUCCUGGAGCACGCCUAGAUCCUCCUUCCUCUCCUCCUUCCUCUCCUCCUUCCUCUCCUCCUCCCUCUCCUCCUUCCUCUCGUCCUUCCUCUCCUCUCGUCUGCCUCUAGGUGGCGCCAUACAAAUCAGCCCAUCCAACAUCCCCUCAUGAAUGUGGGCAGCGAGUGUUUUGCGUUGCAUGCUGUGUCCACGAGUACUUCUGGUGUAUUUCAUUUCUCUUCCCACCUCCUGUCGUGUUCUGCAUCAGGCGCUGAUUCAGAGUCUGUCCCGUUCUCCUGCAGCUUUGAUUUGAAGCCCUCACACCUUCUGCUGUCGUGUUUGAGCCACAGAAAGAAAGGGAGAGAGGAAAGAGAGAGGGAGGGAGGGAGGGAAAGAGAGAGAGACCCACCCCAUGUGUCUCCAGACAGAGACAGAAAUGUGAGUGAGCUGAGAGACAGAGAAUGUGUUUUUUGUUAGGGAAUCCCCAUCGCUGCCGGGCCGAUGAUGUCACCACACCCACGGCUCACCUCUUCGCUGGUGUUUCCACAUGUUAAGAGACCAACUGUGCGCACAUGCACACACACUGCGGCACACCACACCCUCGUAUUAUCAGAGGGGAAUCCAAGAAACACUGAUACUCAUCCACCUCUGACCAUUAUUCCCCUGUAGUAUUCCAUUAUUGUAUUAACUCGCUCAGAAGUGACUGUACUCACGGUUUCUCUGGGAUCCUGAAGGAGUCAGACGCAGGUUUAAUGAAACCAUCUGACCAACAGGCUGCCGGACGUCACAGGUCCUCAUGGGGCGGCGGGUUGUGGAUUCUGUUUUGGAAGAAUUGAUCUGAGUCAGGACUGAAUAACGCUCGGUGGUUUGAUUCUGGUGUGACGGUGAGAACAGCAGCAAGUGGAUCCAGACCAGAGUAUUAAUGAGAACUGAACUCCACAGCCGUGUUCUCACCAGAAAACUGAGCCUCAGCUUAUUCUAGUCAAAUCAGUUAAUGUAAAGAUGCAGUUGAUAUAUCACUCAGUUGUCCAUAGAACCGAACAGGACCCUGUUAUCUUUAUAAAUGAGUCUCUGAAGCAUAGAAACAAACUGUUAUAGUUUCUAGGACCUAAUUGAUCCCCAUCGUGUGUGUUCUCCUCGUUAAGGCUCAUUGAUGCUCAACGUUGGACACGUGUCUAGGAACAGUCGGUUCAGAUCGACCUCAGGUCAGUUUGGGUCCAGUUGGACACGUUGGGACACGUUGGACCCAUGAAGACCUCAGCGUCACAAACAGAACAAGAUGCUGUUGAAGCUGUACAACACUCUACAAACUUUCGAUGCUGUGGUUUUGCGUUGAUGAUCCCACGAGUCUGAUUCCUCUGAAAGCACUCGAUGAAGUCGCCUUUUGCCCGUUUCGGUAUUUCUGUGUUAUCUCAAACCGUAACACUGCUGCCAUGUGACAGUCUCCUCGGUUGUCAAACUUAGUAAAGACCUGAGAGGGGACCAUGUCCACCUCGAUCGCUCGGUGUUUAAAAGUCUAUUUUUGAAGGUAUCUAAUCAAACAUGAAACGCUGCUCAAAGCUGAGAAAGAAGCCGUGAUCCUGGCUCCUCGUUGCCAAAUGAAGCCAGUGAGGUGACCCCCCCCCCCCGGCUCCGGUCAGCACCAGUGCGUGUGAGGCUCGGUGUCCGUGGCCCUCGUCCAGUUCAGGGGAAGAUCCAGUGACGCAGACGCUGGAUCUUUAAGUAAUUAAAGACGCUGAUCCCAGUCUGCACCUCCACAACCACAAAGCAACCACACACUCAUAGCUCGGGCCUGGACUCACACACUGUGUCGCCCACGCUUCAGUCACCUCGUGGAAUGAAGCCCCCCCCCCCCCCCCAUCACACACCCUGGUUACUCACCAGGCUCCAUGUGUACGUCUACACGCACAGCACUACCAGCAACUUGCUGACAUGCACUUUUUGUUUAGAUUGUUUGUGAUUCGGCCGAAGACAGGAAGUGGUCAGCGCUGCCCUCAGACCUGGUCCUGGUCCCUCCCCCCCCAUUAUAGAAAGAUAACUGGGACACAUUUAGUUUUUUGUACUUAUUGUUUUCUCGAGGGAUCUAAAGAUAACACGAUGCUACGAGCUCCUCACGCUUCUAACCAUUAGUUUCCUCCUCAGUUUGAAUCCCUGGCCCCUCCCACGGCCUCUCGUCUAUCAUCUUUAUAAACUAGGUGUUGUUGGCGGUGUUCACCUGCAUGGCUGAAUCUACGUGGCGUUUGGAACUCGGUGUUCUUCUUCUCGAUGUAGUGGCCUCUUCUAACCGAGCUGCAGCGGCUGCUCCGUGUUCUGUCGCUGCUUCAGCUCUCGGCUGCGGAACAUUUAAUCCUAAAGAUCUUCGUCCUGUGUGAUUUGUUUACGAGCAGAAAUCAAUUCAUCACUUAAUAAAGCAAACAAAGUUUUACUCCAGUUAAUCCUCCUGUUGAAACAAUGGGUAGGAACUGAUGUGAAGUAUUAACCCGAGGGGAGAGAGAGAGCGAGAGAGAGAGAGUGCAGGUAUGUUGGUUUACAUGAAGGAAUGUAUUCAUGAAGAGCAUCACAGAGUAUAAAUACCUUCUGCCCCCGUGUGGAGGUUGUGCACGUAGGACUUUCCCUGGUUCUUUCCAGCCGCCUCCUCCCUGUUCUUCUUCUUUUCUUUCUUUAUCUACAUUCCCGUUCAUCCCAGACGACCUAUAGCUCGAUGUCGUUGUUCUUGUGAAAGCUGAAUGUGAAACUGCAGAGACUCGACUCCGUGUCCAAGCAGAGGCUGUCAGUUGUUGUCAGUGUUGAUUUCUGCGACAGGAAAAUUAAAUAAACAAAAAGAAUUGAAAAAAAAAAAGAGACGGAGGCCUCGGCUCCUCUCACUUCUGUAUUUUUCCCGCUUCCUUGUAAAAUCCUGCCAAAAUAACAGAUAUUUAAUAAAUUAUGUAAGUUAUAUAACAGUGAGUUCACUACUUGUUCUCCCUCGUGGCAUUGCUGAAUAGUUUACACAUUCUCAGCUCGAAGUCAGAAACUCUGAAUUUGUUUAUGUUGAAGCUUGGUGUGAUAAUAAAGCUUUUUCAUGUGCUCUUA